GUUCCCUCCCAUGGACUCGAGACAUUUUCAGCCAUGUCCGACCCCCAUGCCCUCGUGUUGCCAGCUUCCUUUGUUCUGUAUACAUACCCGCUUCUUAUUAGCUUCCCGCCGCUAUCCCGUUCAUUUCCCGUUUUCCCUACCAGAGACUCUACUCGUUUCCUAAUCGGGUCUUCACGUGGGCCCUGAACUGAUCAGCCAUCAUGAUUCUAGACAUCCCUCCGCUCUCCGGCAACAACCUGAUGGUGCUGGAGACGCCGCUGCUCCGCGUCAGCAGGCCGGUGGCUGCCUGCCAGAGAUGUAGAGCCGCCAAGAUCAAGUGUGACGGAAAACUGCCGGCCUGCACGGCAUGUGAAAAGUCAAACCGCGCAUCAGAAUGCUCGAGCACGAACGACCAGUUCGCCCGAGGGAAGGAACGGAGCUAUGUCGCCACUCUGGAAGCGCGUGUCGAGAGGCUGGAGAAGAAGAUCGCUGAAGCAAGAGCUAGGAGAAAGUCAUCCUCAGUAUUAAUGCUAGAUAUUGACACAGCGACUCCACGAAGGACGUCUGUGGACACUGUAAGGGGAGUAAGGCCCAUCACCAAACGUGCAGCACGGCGGAAGGAAGCAUUAGACAUUGAUGAGCUCGUAUCUGAUUUUGGCCUGCUCGCCGUCAACGCGACGGCAAGAGACUUCUAUGGCUUCACGACCGAGAUGUCGUAUGCCCGGCUGAUCCUGUCUGCGAGUUCCAAGGAGCCUAUGCCGGCCGGUCUCACCAAGGCCCUUCCGCCGAGAUUUGCCGCCACGCCGCUGAUCCAGCAUUAUUUGAACAACUUGUUCACACUGCUGCCCAUUUUCGAAGAAGCCACGCUGUACUCCUGCGUCGACGCCGUCUACCAUAUGGACGACACGGCAACGGCCUUUGAUCAUUGGAUAGUACGCAUGGUACUGGCCGUAGCAUGCUUGUCACAGUCUGAGCAACGCGGCGACACCUUGUAUUCGGACGCGGUUGGCCAUGUCAAUGCUGCUCUCGAACAUGCCGAGAAUGUCUUGCAUCCCGGCUUCAUCAGCAGUAUCCAAGCGCUUAUCCUGCUUGUAAUUUACGCCACGAUGGAUCCUCACCAUUUUGACAGUUGGACCCUGAUAGGAGCCGCUUCUAGAGCCAUGGUCGAUCUUGGCAUUCACCAGGACCCAUCGAGAAGUACGCCAAUAUCUCGGGCCAAGCUUGAGAUAAGACGACGGGUAUACUGGUGUGUAUAUGCCUUGGACAGGUCUACAUCACUCGUCCAAACACGGGCUUUCUCCUUCUCGGAUGAUUCGGCUCACGUCGCGCUUCCUUUCCACAGCUCUGCCGCUUCAUCAAGGCACUCCUCCCCCCAGUCCCAGAUCUUCCUGCAAUCUUUCGACUCAGCGCUGGAUCUAUUCAAGAUUCGCGAAAUCCAAUCGGAGUGGUACAUGGACCUGUUCCAGUCAGGGCGCGAUCCGUGGCAGGACCCCUAUCCGUACGUUUGGAAGAUGUAUAGCAGGAUGACAGACUGGUUCCAAGACAUGUCGCAAAGUACCUUACCGGCCAUCAAGUCGUUCUUCGAGCUCGAGCUGCUCUACAGCUAUGUAUAUAUCCUAUCGCCAAGCCCCCGGAUACCGCACAUUCAAGAAUAUGCUCAGCGAUUGAUUUUCGAGCACUGCAUCGCGUAUGCCACGAACCUGCUUGCGCUCAUCUCCAAGCCUUCCAACACAACCAAGCCACCUGUCACCUUCUACGACGCGAUGCGUGCCUAUAUGACUGGCCGCCAAUUCGUCGACGUCCUUUCCCGGAACACCGAUAUCAUCCUCAACCCCAUCCCGCCGACACCACCCGCUCCUUCAGCACCCCCAACGGCUUCCGAAGACCCUCUCGCGCCACCCGUUCCGAUCUCUGCUCCACCUUUCCCUGCGCCACUCCUUCCAGACGGGCAGACCGUCCCACAGGAUCCCACUACGCGUGCGAUAAACGCCAUCAACGACUUCACCACCGUCCUCUCCCGCUUCGGUCUCCGCUUCGGAUUCACCCACUGGCGCGACCGGUUCCAGCGCGAAUCCGGCGCCCUUCUCUCCCAACUCUACCACCGCUCCUCCGUAACCCAACACUCGCCUCCCCCUCAGAGCAUCCCUCCCCACACCCAGGCUUCAACGCCGUACCACCCCCAGGCUUGGAUGCCUAUGCCCGUUACAUCUACAUCCCCACAGCAGCAGAUGUACCACGGCCCCACCACGCCUCCCACGGCAUACCCCCCACAGCCGAAUCCCUUCUCGACAAGCCCCUACAGCGCGCAUCCGCUCUCCGCUCCGGGGCAGAUGCCAGACUGGACCACGACGCCCUCGCCGCAGCCGCAGCCGCAGCAGCCGCAGCAGAUGCCGGAUAUGCCGCAGCCGACCGAGGGCAGAGUGAGGCAGGCGCUGAUAUAUGGCCCGGGGAUGCCGCAGCCGCCUCCGCAGCAGAGCCAGGCUGGGAGUGCGCCAGUUCUGGAUCCAGGGCAGAGUCAGGGGCAGGGUAGUUGGGGAUGAGCAAGCUAUUGGUUUGUUUUCGCGAGAAAGUGUAUGAUUUGGCGUGAUUACUGUUGUUCUAAUUUCUUGGGUUUGG